AUUAAGAUCUCAAUCUGUUGGACUGGAGUUGUAACGAUCAUUUAGCUGUUUCUCUUGGUGGCUUCGUCUAUCUUUGGCAUGCAAGUACGGGAAGCAUAGAACAACUUUGUCAAAUGGAUUCAUCUGAAUGUUAUGUCGGUUCUGUCUCGUGGAUAAAAGAAGGCAAUUAUUUGGCAAUUGGAGAUAGUGAUGGUGCAGUACAGGUAUAAUUUAUCUAUAUCAUACAAACUCAUUCUUUGAGAUGAGCGUAUGGGCCAGUUGCAUAAAACUUUUAACGUCUAUAUUUUGUAGUUAAAUAAUAGUUAACUCUAAAAUACGUGAAUUUGAUUGGUUAACUUUCGCAUUAACAGAAAUAUCUUUAACGACCUUUUUAUACAAACUUACCUGAACUCGAAUCGAAACUGAAAAGUACAGUAUGAGUUCGUCUGUCCGUGUACAUCCCGCAGAGAAGCGGCAAAGCCGAACUGCCGAAGCUAUUACCAAAUGCUUAAGCUUCUAUAACACUCUAAAAACGCCCUGGUUAAUAAUCCACCUAACAUAAUUUGGUUAAUUCAACCAUAUAGCCUGGUUAAAUUAUAACCAGGAAUCCUGGUUCAAUUUAUAGGUAACAAUAGUGAUCAAAUUGACCAGGAGUAAGGACUGUGGUUAAAUUAGCCAGGAAAUUUAACCAAGAUCAUUAAGUUACCCCAAACAUGCAGUGUUAAUUUUAGAUUACUGUAACCAGGAAAUUUUUAACCAGGGUGUUUUUAGAGUGCAAAAAUAAGUGAUCCGUUGCUUAGCUUUCAUUAAAUUUCUCAGCUUUGGGAUGUAGAACAUAAGAAACGUGUCCGAAAAAUGAGUGGUCAUGCGGCAAGAGUUGGAUCACUUUCUUGGAAUUCAUACAUUCUCACCAGGUAAUAUCAUGUAUGUGAAUGUUAUAUAUGAUGCUAUGUUUACAAUUUUAUCUAUAUCUAAAGCCGUGUUUACACUACGAGCCUAAGCCUGGCCUUGGCCUACCUUUGGACUAGAUUUUUAUAGGGUAAACGCACUUUGGCCUGGGCCACCUGUUCUGAUGGACCCAGAUUUCCUGGCCUAGCCCAGGUCGAAGUGCGUUUACACUACAAAAAUCUAGUCCAAAGGUACGCCAAGGCCAGGCUUAGGCUCGUAGUGUAAACACGGCUUAAGGCCAGAUUUGGAAGGAAGGUGGAAAACGUUUAAGGGAGGUGGGAGGUGUCUAGGCCCCAGCUCCUUGGACUAAGACGCCCCUCCCCCGGCCUGAAAUCAUGUACUGUACAUACGUAUCAAAUCAAUGUAUUUAUGAACUAUGACGUAUCUUCGCUUAUCGCUCCUCGUUGCAAUACUACAACAUUUCAUUCAUUAGUGCUUUUUUAAUUUUAUAAAAGUGUACAUCUUUAAGGCAACCAGACUUUUAGCCAGAAGGGCGUCCUGGGACGCCCCUAGAACAAAAAAUGGACGCCUUUGGACCCCCAAAUUCUGGGGGGAAAGGGAAAUUAUUUUCAAUUAUUUCCCUAAGAAUAUAUAGAGGAUAUUACACGGCGGCGCGAAGAUAUGACUUUUUAUCUUCGAGUGGUGAAACUACUAUUUAAAACACGAGAAGGAGUGUUUUAUCAUAUUUAAAACGCGAGGCGCAGCCGAACGUUUUAGAUAUGAUAAAACACGAGUUCGUGUGUUUUGAAUAGCUUAAAAUACGACUACAAAAGAAUACUAAUUAGGAUGAACAAUUAUAUAAUCAUACUAAUUAGGAUGAAGAAUUAUAUAAAGAAUACUAAUGAAGAUGAGUUUUAUCAGAUAUAAAGUCACUCCACGUGACAUAUUAUGGCUGACUUGAUUUGCCACAAGGUUUAUGAAUUUUUAAUGAAAUAACACGAGAAGUUAAAAUCAUAUCUUCAAGCCAACGUGUAAUGUUCUGUUUAUUAUAUAUAGUCCGAAGCAAAAAAUUGUAUAAAUACUAAAAGUCACGUGAUCGAUAUGCUCACUACUCACUAGUGAAGAUAUGGAAAACAUGUCACUGCGUAUUUUUCAGUAUCUCACUCUCUACUAUAUAAUAAUAAUAAUAUAUCUGAAACGAAAUAACUUUAAUUCUCAUUAUUUAAUAUUAUACAUUUGACAUUUUGAUCAAUUUGAUGGUGUACCUGGCUGAAUGAAAAUGUCGUACGGUUAAGUAAAAAAGCAUAGCGGCACAAACUCACAAAGCCAAGUUCGAACGAGCUUAGACAUGAAGUAACGUUAACUUCAAAGGUUUUCCAGAGGAACGUUUUAUAGAACCCCCCCCCUCUUUACUGUGGAUGUAUCGUUGUACCAAAAUUGGACGCCUUCUUUUAGAACCCUGGGGCCGGUUGUUCAAAGCUGGGUUAGUUUAACCCUUGGUUAACCUAAAAUUCAAAGCAAAUUUCCUAACAGCUUUUCUAUCAAUUUGAAAAUAUUUCUUCAGAGAUCUUGUCUGGAUUGAUAGGAGUUUACUUCUUUGAAAUUUUGAAAUACACAGAUGUGUAGAAGUACACAAAUUAAAACAGUAGGUUAAAUUUUAACCCAGGGUUAGCAUUAACCCACCUUUGAACAACCGGCCCCUGGCUAAAAGCCUGAAGGCAACACAAAAAUUUAAUAACAAAACGUUAUCGUUAAUAGUGUGAAAUUUUGACUAUUGAGUAUUGGGGAGGUGCAUAAAUUUUCAGCGGAAAUGAAAAAAGUUAGGGGAGGGACAAAACGAUCCCAACACCUCCUCUCAAAAUCCGGCCAUGUCUACAACGUGUUAAAACUGUUAGUAUUUCUACAGUGCUUUCUGUAUUCUUUUUAUCACUAGACAGUAUAUUCAUAUAUUAAAGGCAUAUUGAACUAACGUAACUAUACUUUUUUAAUCGCCAAUCAGUACAUCCUAUUUUUAUUCAAGUAAUGUUUAAAGUGAAAUUACAUCAGAAUUUCCUUAAUUUUAGUGGAAGUCGUAGUGGGGCAAUCCACCAUCAUGACGUCAGAGUUGCAAAUCAUCACGUGGGAACAUUAGCAUGUCACACGCAAGAAGUCUGUGGUUUGAAAUGGUCACGUGAUGGUAAAUAUUUGGCCAGCGGUGGAAACGAUAAUCUUCUCUUAAUCUGGGAUACAAAUGUCAGCUCAAGUGGUGAUAUGAACUCACCUUUAUUCACCUUGACUGACCACCAGGCUGCUGUUAAGGUAGGAUAACAUUCAUAGGUUAAAGUAGAGCUAAGACUAAAUCCAUCUUUUAUAUUCACUAGUAUAUCCUUCACACUGUUUCUUUCUAAUACUGAUUUUAAAAUAUGCAUGCUUUUCUGAUGUUUUUCGGCAAUAGAUUAUUCUUAACUUCAUUACUUCACUUUACACGUCAAGAUCAAAUUCAUAAGCCAAUUUACAAAUACGUCCAAAAAGCUCAUCGCAAUAUAUACGUUUUUAAAAUUAAUCAAUCACUCAAUUUAAAAAAUUCUGAAAAAGUCUGACUUACUGAAAUUUUUUUUAAAUAAAGCGAAAAAAGAUCUUUUCAAUAAUUCCAUCCAAGAAAACCUGUUUGUUCAAUUGCCUUUUCACACUGGUACGUGAACAUUUAAAAAAAUCCCAUUGUGUUCACUUGUACUGUAUAAAGUGUAUUUCAGUAAACUAAGCCAUGUGGUUUUUGGCCUUUUUGGCACUUAAACUGUUUUUAAUUAAGACUGUUUUUCGUUGUGGCUGUGUUAGAUUAGCAAGGAUUUUUACAAGCAUUUUAGUCUACAACCGUUUUUUUCGAAGACGAUUGAGUUUUAGUGAGUUUUAGCCGUAGGGGAAUACCCCAUACACACACAUCCACCAAACACACCCAAACCCAUUCAAUUCACAUUUCCCACAAUUUCGUCAAAGUAUAUAGUGGCGAAUAUAAUUAAUACGGAGAAAGAUUGAGUUACUACCGUAUAUAUAUACCUGCAGUAGUAGAAUUAAAAUGUUUGCAUGCAUAAAUCCCUGAAUAGAUUAGCUAAAUUUCAUUCCAACACUUUUUGUGAUUAAAAGGCUUUAGCUUGGUGUCCGUUUCAAAGAAAUGUAAUUGCCAGUGGUGGUGGAACAGCUGACCGACAUAUUAGGUUUUGGAAUGCUGCUACAGGAACAUGUCUUAAUGCUAUCGAUACAAAGUCACAGGUACUGUUAUUGAGUUCAGUAUAAGCGGCAGCAACCCCUCGGCCUUUCUAUCUAGACAACUCUACUGUAGUUCCUAAAUAUUGUUUCAGUAGUAGCCGUGGUAACAUGAUUAUUAUAUAAAUUUUUGUACAAAGUGGGAAAAACAAUAAGAAGAUUUAAUAGUUUUAGCUAAUAAAACUAUACGCUUCAAUUUAAUGUAAAAUUUAACCUUUUGACGUUUUCUACAACGUUUCGAAAUGUUCAUAAAAUUUACCUAGUGUUUUAAAACUAUUUGCUCGUAUGUUUUCUUUGAAAUGAAAUCACUUCAAAUCUCCCUUUGAAUUUUAAGAUUUGCUUGUCCUAGGCCGAAUGAUUCUUCCCAUGCAUUAUAUUUCGUGAUUACCCAGUCAUAUUUAUAUUUUUAUCAUAAUAUUUCUCGUGCUUUUAUCUUUAUCAUAAUAUUUUCAAAGUUUCUUGUGCCUAUCAGGCAUAUACCCAGGGGCUAUUGAUAUUUUUGAAAACUUUUAGUCAAUAUCCACCACUCAUUGGCUGGUUUAUGGAUUAAGUUGUAAAACAAGAAAUAUGGUGUGUCACUGAAGUUAUAACUUGCCCAAUCUGCUGUGGUUGAAAUUGUUGUAUGGCUGUAUGCAUGGACUGUCAAUUCAUGUUAAAUGCCGCUUGGUCAGAUUAGCGUUUUAUCAAUUUUAAAAUAUUCUCGGAAUAGCAAUUUCGACCACAUACAGCAGAUUGGGCAAGUUAUAACAUCAAUGAGAACCCAUAUAUAUGCAACUAUAUAACUAUAGUUGCAUAUAUAUACGGAAGUUCGAUCCAAUCAAUAAUUGGUUGUUGUUCGAUCCAAUCAAUAAUUGUUCAAAUAAUUAAAGAUUUUACCAUGACUUUACAGAGCUAUUUAUUUAUAGAGCAUAUAAUUAUGUAAUACUCAUAAUAACUGACUAUUUAGCUGUAUACUCAUAAUAUACAGCUAAAUUGAUCAAGAGCCCCUAGAUGAGUCUUUUAUUGAGCUCUUGGGCAAUUGUAAUAUCUUUUUGAUAUUAAAAUAUGUUUAUACAAAAAAAACGACUAUUCAUUCCUCCCGUUCGUAGGUUUGUUCAAUUCUUUGGUCCAACAAUUACAAAGAACUCGUCUCUAGUCAUGGGUACGCUCAAAAUCAACUGACAAUCUGGAAAUAUCCCAGCAUGUCAAAAGUCACAGAGUUAACUGGUCAUUCGUGUCGUGUUUUACAUAUGGUUCUCAGCCCUGAUGGUCAAACUGUCAUUUCUGCAUCUGCAGAUGAAACUUUGCGCUUGUGGAAAUGCUUUGCGACUGAUCCUGCAUCGAAGAAGAAAUCAAAAGGUAUCGCUGAAAGAGGAUCAAAGUCUAUUAUUAGGCAGGGUAUCAGAUAACUUGUACAGUGUUUUAAUAUGUAGUCAAUAUAUUUGAUAUGUAGUUAGCGCAAUAGGAUAAUUGUACAUAAUAUUUUCACAAAAUACAUGAUAUGUAUUUGUUUAGAUUAAUCGUUAAUAAAAAUUUUAUAAAUCAUUAUUUUGUCUUUUGAAUCCCUUUUUACAC